CUUGUCUAUCGCGCUGCUGCAUCAUCAUUAAAAGUGAAAGGUACGAACAAAAGUGACUUGCAUUCUUCGGUCAAAAGGCACCCACCAUUAAGGUCGUAAUCGGACGGAACAUGCAAUCUCAUCUCUGAGUACUUGAAGAGUUAAUUCAAUGGCCUUUAUGAUUAAAUCUCAAUUAUUGGGGAAGAACUCAUUGGACUCCUUGACGUUGUUUGGAACUGGCCAACAGUAGGCGUGCAUGUGGAGACUCCGAAUCUUAUCAAUUUCACCAAAUAGCUCAGCGCCAGCAGCAGCAGCAGGCUGUCUCCUCGUCCUGCAUUUCCUCUGUUUCUAUCAAAGUCGGAGACAGAAACUGGAAAGAAAAAAAAGGGAAUAAAGCAGGAAUGGGAUAUAAAUCUCGUUAAUGCUUGAAGGUGGAGGUGGACGAAUUGAUGCAAGAUCCAGUAACAAGAUAAUUUGACUUGACUCCGCUUCUUGUCUUCGAUACCAGUUGGGAGUGGCUCUGCAGCUCAAGAACCCGUGAGAUCGAUCUGCUCCAUCCCCUGAGAACAUGUUUAAGAUUAGCUUAUCAUCUUUCGUAUGCCCUUAAUGGCGGAUGCAGCUACAAAUGUGCCUAGAUUCUACUGCUCUUCUUCGUUCUUUUGAGGCGCUUGUCAUCGAUGGAAUGGAAAGGGAGUGCUAAAACAGUCAUCGCGUUCAAGAUGGUUCUUUUAUUCUUCCUUUCGUUUUGCAUCCUAUUGGUUUUAGAUCUCGCAGCAGGAAACUGCAGCAGCGUUUCUGCUUGUUCAGUGACCACAAUCUGGAGUGGAAAUUCCAACUACAAGGCGUGGCGACGGAACGAAGCGGAGACGGAGGCGGCGGGCGGAGGUGGGAGUAGGGGUAGUCUGUUCGUAGGAUCCGGAUCUUGGCCGCCAAAGUGCACGUCCAGGUGCGGCACGUGCACGCCAUGCUCACCGGUGCACGUCUCGGUGCCGCCGAGGCAGCAACAGAAGCAGAAGAAGGCGGACGCCGCCGAGUACUACCCGGAGGCCUGGCGGUGCCGGUGCGGCGGCCGCCUCUAUGUGCCAUAACUGACGCUGCAUAUCCUCCUACAGUCCUACUCUAGUACUCUCCCUCGCGUGGAUAGGGAGGGUACGAGACUGACUCGGGGAGCCAGAAAUUAUAAUAUAUCCGGACUAAAAUUGUUCAGCAAUAAAAAAAAAAAUAAUACAUAUGCAUUAGACAAAAUAAAUAAGCAUUAGAAAUUAACAUCAAAAUUAAAAAUUUUCAUCCUUAAUGCAUUCUAACGUUUGGUGUUAACGUUUAGAUCAUGCGCUUUCAGCUGUAUAUCUAUAUUUCUUUCUUUCUAUAUCUAUA